AUGGUAACAGUUACGGUGACGGUGACAUUAAUAGUCAUGAUAACGGUGAAGAUAACGAUAUUACGGACGGUAACGGUAAUGGUAACGGGUAACGGUGAUAGUAACAAUAACAGUGAUGUUGAUGGUAAUAGUGACAGUAACGGUAUUGGUGACUACAAUGGUGACUGUCAUAGUGAUUGUAACUAUCACGGUCAUGGUAACGAUAAUGGCGACGAUAACGAUCAUGAUUACGGUGACGAUAGUGAUAACAGUGACGAUAAUGGCAACAAUGAUGGUAACAGUGAUAUUGACGAUAACAAUGAUGAUAAUGGUAACAAUAACGGUAACAAUGAUGGAAACGGUAAGGAUGACGAUAAUUGUCAUGAUGACGGUAACGGUGACGGUGAAGAUAACGAUAACGGUCACGGUAACUGUGAUGGUAACGUUGACGAUAACGGUGACUAUGAUGGUAACGAUGACGAUAAUAGUAACGGUGACUGUAACCGUAAUGGUAACAGUAAUAGUGACGAUAAUGGUGACGGUAACAAUAAUGGCAAUAGUAACGGUGAUGGUAACAACAACAGUGAUGAUAAUGGUGACAGUAACGAUAAUAGUUAUGAAAACGAUAAUGGUAACAAUGACAGAGACAAUGAUGGUAGCUGUAACGGAAAGGGUGACAAUAAUGGUCAUGAUGAUGGUAACGGUGAUGGUAACGAUAACGUGACGGUAACGGUAAUUGUUACGGUGACAAUAACGGAGACGGUAAAAGUGAUGGAAAAGGAGAUGGUAACGGUAACAGUGACGGUAACAGCUAUAGUGACGGUGGUAGAAGUAGUAACGCGGUCACGUGACGGUGACGGUAACAAUAACGGUGAUGGUUAUCGUAACAAUAAUAGUAAUGGUGAUGGUUCCGAUGACAAUAACGGUAACCGUGACAGUAAUAGUGAUGUUAAUGAUUAUGGUGAUGGUAACGGUAAUGGUAACAAUGACGGUGAGAAUAAUGGUAAUUGUAACGGUGACGGUUACGAUGACUGUUACAAUACUGGUGACGGUAAUGGUCAUGGUAACGAUGACUGUAACGGUAACGAUGAUGGUAAUAGUUACGAUAACGAUCACGAUAAUGGUAACUGUUAG